GGCGCUGCGGUGCUAAAGCGCUUCGUAGGAGUAACAUCCAGUUCUAGCAGGAAAAUUGAAUAAUAAGUUUUGUACUCCUAUAUUAACGUCAUUGAUGAUCAUUUAAACUGCUAUAAAUUAAUUUAUAGUUAACAACAGAAAGGUGUUGUCGUUUAGCUCUAAUUAUUAUAUAACACCCCUGAUAUUGUAAAAGUAAUAUUUCAGUGUGUGAAGGCAACCAGGACUCGUAAGCCAUUGUUUGUAAUACGGUCAAGUAACACAUAUUGCAUAAGCUAAUGCAGUAGAUAUACAUUACAUGAAUGUAGAGCAGCGUCAUUGGCCGUUAUCAUAAGUCAAUUCGUAUAUCAUUGUCUCUUCCCUGGAUCUUGACUCGUGUUCAUACGUCACCAAGUUACAAGGGGAGCAGGUACUCCAGGUUUCUCGUAGUCGUGUGUCCUAUCGCAUUGAAGAUCACUUAUCUUUUUGUCAUAACGAGAAUUUUGGGUGUCAGUUUAAAGAGAACUUCGGUGGCUGGUAAUAGGAUUAGCGUAAUUCGACCUCGUGUGCAUUUUACGUAUGGCCGUUAUCUCCUUAGACUCCAGCCAGCCAUGUCAUGAUUAUGUUUGCGGCGCUUAGGUCACGGUGCAGCCUAUAAGCAAGUACAUCCAUCAGCUAGCUACCUGUCGUUAACUUUCAGUCAAAAUGCUGCAGUACCAGUCACACUCUCUGGUAGCGUGUAAGGCUGUUUUAAAUCCCUAAGCAAGCCUUGAAUAUACAUGGUCUUCAUGUCAUCAGAAUUAAAUGCAAAUAUGCUGGAUAGCAGUAAAGUAUUAGAUAUGAGACAAGCUGUAUUUAGUCGCGCACCUCUCUCUUAUAGAGUUGGAAAUUCUACACUACAUGUUCAGACAAAAUUUGUCACCUUUGUGGCUGUAGUGGGAUUAAUAUCUUUAUUAGUGCUGUUUAUUAUCAUGCCAACUUCAAGGAUGAGCACGAGUAAUUUAACCAAUGAUCUCUUUGGGCAUGGAGAAGAACACGGCCAUGGACAUCAUCAUCAACGAAAUUGGUUCACAUAUUACAACAGUACUUACCCUCUUACGGCUCCUGUGUACAGUGACCGUGGAUACAUAAGGUAUAGAAUUGCCAUGGUUACUGAUCUUGACACAGAUUCGAAACAUCCAACAGAAAAGAACACUUGGAUUAGUUACUUAAAAAAGGGUCAUUUGACUGUGAAUGUAGAUAACCAAGAUGUACAAAUUGAGUGGGAUAAGGAUCUCAUAUCCCUAAAAUCCAACAUGGCUUAUGGUGGGAGGGGAAUGGAAUUAUCAGAACUUAUAGUGUUCAAUGGCAGAUUGUAUGCAGUAGAUGACAGAACUGGAAUCAUUUAUGAAAUUGAUCUCUCAAGCAACAAAGCUAUUCCUUGGGUGGUGCUUACAGAUGGUAAUGGUCGAGAAAUGAAAGGUUUUAAAAGUGAGUGGGCUACAGUGAAGGAUGAAACACUUAUUGUUGGAGGAUUGGGAAAGGAGUGGACUACAAGUACUGGAGAAUUAGUAAACCACAAUCCACAAUGGGUAAAAACUGUAAAUCCCCGAGGGUACAUCGAACACCACGAUUGGACUAGAAAUUAUGAAAAACUUCGUGAAGCUGUUGGGAUUUUCUUUCCAGGGUACAUGAUUCAUGAAGCCUGUGAAUGGGCAGAAGGACGACAACGAUGGGUGUUUUUACCUAGAAGAGCAUCAACUUCCCGUUAUGAUGAAAAGGAUGAUGAACAUCGAGGAACAGAUUUAAUGCUUGAAGCCACUGAAGGAUUCGAAAAAAUUCAGGUACAUCAUGUUGGUGAAAAGAUUGACACACAUGGUUUCUCCAGUUUCAAGUUCAUUCCAGGCACAAAUGAAAGAAUAAUUGUUGCUCUAAAAUCAGAAGAAGUAGAUGGUAAUGUAUCAUCUUAUAUCAUGGCAUUUAAUACUGAGGGGAAAGUAUUGCUAAAAGAAACAAAAGUAGGGGAUUACAAAUUUGAAGGUAUAGAAUUUGUAUAAAAAAAUUAAAGUUUAAUAGUCAUGUAUAAAGCCAGUAUUUAGUGUGUACAUGUGUAUUUAUUUGAAUGACAGUAUUGAUUUUUAAUGUCAUAGUGAAAGUGGUUGUGAUUCCAUGUGACACAUCUUCAUACUUAAGCAAAUAAAGUUGAAUUUUAGUGAUGAAACGUCAAUUUAAAUAAUAUGGUUUCCAUAUUACUACUUUCUUCAAAUACUAAUCUUUCCCACUACAAGGGAGUACCUGAUGAUUCAUUUCCUUGAUUUCCCUCAAGAAGUUGAAAAUUAAAUUUAUACUGGGUUUGAUGAUUGAGUAGCAAUUUUGUACAUUUUAGAGUGAACAAAGAAAAUAAUCAUUUUUUUUUUAAAUUUUAUAUUUAAAUGAGCAAGUUUUGAGAUAUGUUUUGUAAGGUUACUACAGUAAGAUCUCUCAUUUGGAGACAUUGUAAUUGAUUAUUAAUUUUACUUUUAUGGAAUAUUUAAAUUUUUUGUCCUUUUGUAAUAUGUUGCAUUUAUAUUAUUUUUACUUGACAGAAUAUUUUUAAAUUUGUCAUUUUGUUGUACAGUGUUGCAGCAUUGUAUGAAUUAAGAUAUUAUUAUUGACUAAUGAUGUACCUAAUUUUUGUCAUUAUGAAAGGUAUAAAAUUUUUUAAGUUAUUGGAAAUGAUUUCUAUUGAUUACAUCAGAAGUGUUAACAAGUAUAUGACAUCUAAAGCUUAGAGUUUGGCAUGAUAAAAUUAUGUUAUUCCUGUAAUAUACAUAGAUUUAACUUCCCUUCAGUGUCAUCUUCACCAGAAACAUACGUAAAUAUUUAUAUUUGAUAGAGAAAUAUAUAACAAUUUGUUCUUGAA